CACAAAACAAAAAGUCCCAACAAUGUCAACCCCCAAAGAUGACGGGAACUACACUUCCCACAACCAAGACAAGAACCCAACCAGAGAGACAAACCCGUAUCCUACCGUCACUUUCACCAACACUCUAACCGAACACCACGCAAUAGCCACCACCGGCCCAGAAUCCCAGCAACCUGAAAUCCCCGUCCAGCUCUCCCCGCCCGUCUUCGACAUCGCUCAUCACGGAUGGGACGCCUCCAACGUCCCCACCGCAAAAUGCGAUCUCUGCCAUCGUCAACGCUGCGGCACUCUACAAAAAUGCCGUGUCUGCAAGCUCUCCAUCUGUCACGAAUGCUGUAUCAGCGGCCGUCUGCAAAACGACCCCAGACAUACCAUUGAUACUGCCGCCGUGGACUGGGACGCGCCGCCUAUCCUUCGCAAGCGGAAACGCCAGGCUUCGGAGAUGCCGUCGGGGACUAAGAAGCAGAGAGCAGGCGCAACACCAGGCCGUAAACGGAGGCCAGGUUAUGAGUCGAAGGGCCCUUUGGCUUCUUCUUUUGUCGUGGUGUCGGAUGAGGCUGCUCGGGCUCUCGAUGGAGAGACUUCUCGGCAAAAGGAUGCUCGGAUUCGAGAGUAUGGCUGUGAUGGUCCCAUGGAGCCGCGGCUUUCUGUUGCUCCGGCGUCAUACUAUCAUUCCGCUAGUCGAACUCAGGGGAUGGAUGAACUCUCGCCCAAGGGCACUGCUCGUUAUGAACCUCAGGCGACGAGUUCCAGCUAUAAGAGAAUACCACCCAUCAAAGAGGUCCGUUAUGAUGGCGGCAACGAUGGACAGUACCGUGCUUCUCUUAGUAAUGAGUGUUACAAUGCAGCUUCUCCCCCGGAGCCACUAUCUCGCCGUCCCCUUUCUCCGGUAAACGGCUUCUCGCAAGCUGCUCCAUCCCAGCCUAUGCUCCCACCUAUAACCCCCUCGCUCAGAGACAGAUACAUUCAGCUUCACCACUCCUCCGAGGCUUUCCAAAUUAGCUCAGACAUUCUCAACCGUCUCGACCACCUCUUACACCAGCACUACCAGCAGUCCACCUCCAGCGAAUCCUGGCCUCUGCACGAGCACACCGAGUCUCUCGGCACCAGCCUCGCCAACGCCGCUCGUGAAAGCCAUCACGCAUCCAGCCCCUCCAAGCCUCUCGACCACUGCCUCCGCGAGGAGAUCCAAGCCGUGUGGACGUCUCGUGCCUUCAUCGCCCAUGACCCGGACCCCGGCCGUCGUUAUCGUCGGCUCCUUGCUGCGAUGUACUUUGCUAGUACUCGUCUUGGUCUUGAGCCACGGGGUAAUGCAGCGCGGGAAUGGUUGUGCGGGGAGGAGAGGAAGAUGAGGGAGAUGGGGUAUGAAGCUACAGGUAUCAAGACUACGCAGUUGCUGGAUUUCCUUCAGGAGGUUGGGAUCUGGUAUCUGCAACAGGUUCGGGGUUAG